GGAACCCAGCCAGACUGCAGAGCUGCAGCAGGACCUCACAGACACAAGGUCCAGAGAACCCUCAUCUUCCUGAGCUGUAAACUCUGGAAUUUAAUCUGCUCAACCAUACUUCAGACAGAUUUCAAACCAGUGGAACUUGGAGUAGCAAAAGAGGACAGAAAAAGGUCCCCAGCACCUCCCUCUGCUCUGCUGGGCUCUGUGCAUAGUUCCUGCCAUUCUUGCAGCCAUGCAUCACAGAAGCCUGAAGAUCACAUCUGCCUAAUGAAUUCCACAGCAGCUUGGGCACUCCAGGAGGAAUACAAGUUGCUCUCUGUGCCAUGAGGACAGCACUGCUGCUCCUGCUCUGCGAGCUGACAGCGAGGGCACACACACCUGCUCCUGUUCUCUGCAUGCUCUGCUCCUUUCCCUACUUGCUGCAACAAGAAAAGCCUUUUCUUCUAACCCAGCUUCCCCUGAAGAGGUAACUCAGGAAGCUCCAUGGCCUCUCAAGAAUCUCAGAGACAGACCAACCCAAUCUUUAGGGAUUACCUCCCUGGUUCUUCUGACAUUCCUCAACAGAAUACACCUGUUGAACCAACAAGUCUCUGGAAGCAAGCAUCACACACUCAUAGCUUGCCACCUGGUCUGGAGUACCUGAACCAGCUGGACCAGAUAAUUAUUCACCAGCAGGUGGAGCUUCUGGAAGCCGUACUCGGCAGGGAGCCCUGCAGCAAGUACGAGAUCAAGAACGGGCUGGGGCAGCGGGUGUACGUGGCGGAGGAGGAGAACGGCUGCUGCGACCGGCGGCUGUGCGCGCCCGCCCGCGCCUUCACCAUGCGCGUGGCGGACCGCGGCGGGCGGGAGGUGAUGCGCGUCCUGCGGCCGCUGCGCUGCAGCAGCUGCUGCUGCCCCUGCUUCCUGCAGCAGUUAGAAGUUCAGUCCCCACCAGGUACAAUAGCUGGGUAUCUUGUACAGAACUGGGACCCUUUUCUGCCAAAGUUUACUAUACAGAAUCAAAGUAAAGAAGAUGUGCUAAAAAUAAUUGGCCCAUGUGUAACCUGUGGCUGUUUUGAAGAUGUUGACUUUGAGGUAAAAACUCUCAAUGAGAUGACAACGAUCGGCAAAAUUUCCAAGUAUUGGUCUGGAUUUGUCAACAACGUCUUUACCAACACUGCCAACUUUGGGAUCCAGGUCCCUGUGGAUCUUGAUGUGAGGAUCAAGGCAGUGAUCAUUGGUGCUUGUUUCCUCAUUGACUUAAUGUUCUUUGAAAAUUCGUUGGAUGGAUUAUAA